ACAGCAGCAACAACAACAACAACAAUAUGGCCGCAGUUUCUCCACCAGUCUUGCUUCUGAACUGAGUUUGGAACGCCGAUGUUAAUUUUAUACCGCAACAGCGCCUUUCCGUUACUUGGAGUGUGUUUUAUUUAGUACACCUGAAGAGAAACUGUUUGGAACUGCUUGAGUUUUAAUAGGCUCCUCGUGCUGAAACAACUCUUUCAAGAUGUUAGGACUUGUGCGAAUUUCAAAGGUUUAUUCUUGUUAAUGACUUUGAUUGAUAAGAAAAUUACUAUUAUUCAGCGGUGACAAGUUCAUUGAACCAAAAUGACGUUGUGUGAGUUCUUUGGUUGUGCUUUUAUGGCAUUUGGUCCAGCAAUAGCAAUGUUUAUCUUAACCAUUGCACAGGAUCCGAUCUCAAUAAUUAUUGUGUUUGCUAGUGGAUUCUUUUGGUUACUGUCAGCAUUAUUGUCAUCCAUAAUAUGGCUGUUUUUUGGUCUCAGCUCAAUGUCCCCCCAAGUUCAAUUGGCGCUGUCAGUAAUUUUCUCAGUGCACUGCCAGGAAGUAUUCCGCUUCCUUCUCUAUCUUACACUCACAUCAUUAGAUGAUGGUCUGAAAAACAUGAUUGAAUCAAGUACUCCAAUCAUUAAUAGAAAAAUGUUAGGGUAUUCGGCAGGGAUAGGAUUUGGUGUGAUGAGUGGUGUUUUUGCUAUUAUCAAUGUCCUAGCAGAUGCUGUUGGGCCUGCUACUAUGGGAUUAAAGGCUGGCUCUGAGAGCUUUUUCCUGAUCUCAUCAUGUUCAACACUUUGUUUUGUAUUACUACAUGUUUUCUGGAGUGUCAUAUUCUUUGCAGCUCUUGACCAAUAUAGGGCCAAUAAAAUCCAACUUCUUUUUGUCUUAGUGACACAUCUAUUAGCUUCAAGUCUUACUCUUCUUAAUUCUGGGGGCCCCUUUGCAGCAUCACUUGUUCCAAACUAUCUGAUUGUUAUCUUGACUGCUUGUGUUGCUUUCCAUGCUGCUGGAGGAUCCAUUAGUAGUCUUAAGUCAAGUCUAACCCGCCAGUAAAACUGUUAAGUACGUUUAGCAAUGUGUUAAAAUUUUUCAUUUUAAAAUCCUCUCGUCUAAAAAUUUGACCAAAACAUCUAACUAAACUAAAUAUUAAUUAUGUCUGUAAAUCUUCUUUCUAUCAAGACUCGUAGCUUCAGACUAUUUCAUAAGUUGACUAAUGUAAUAUUUAAUAAUCAGUCUGGAAUGUCAUAUCUAGAAAUUUAAUCAAUUUUUCAUACAGUAGUUUUUAUAAAUACUUGACAUUGGGAGCUGAUAUUUGUUACUUAUCACAGAAUAAGAGGAAUGUUAAUACAAUCCACUUACAAAAAUAGUUUUAAAUAUAUAAUAAAUGAAAAAUAAAAUAUUUGAUAAAAUACAAAACAGGAAAUUUCAUUUUUAAGGAUUUUUUCCUUUUGAGAGAAACGAGCAGCACAAAACAGAAAUAAAAUAGCAUUGUAUUAUAAACAUUGGCUCAGAACAAGUAUGGACUGUCCAAAGCACCCCACCCGGCAGCAACGCCACCCUCAUUAGCUGAAGCAAGCUUUGUCCGAAGCAUGUGACCAACUUGCUUGUUCUCUAUUAUUGUUUUUUCAUCCCUGGAAAAAAAUAAAAACUUAUUAGUGAGAUGUUUUAAAGAUCAUCACUUCAGGCAA